CUGGGCCAGCAGAUCCUGGCUGUCCCUGUUUCUCAAGAUGCCAGCAGUCAGCAAAGCAGACCCUCUGAGUUUGCUCACAAGAACAAACUGGAUUGCAGAGCUGCUGGCACACAGGAAACAAAGGACCCUUGAAAUAACUUCCUCAUGGAGGCAUGAGCAAAGCUCUGCCAACCUGUCAGUCCAGCCAUGCAAGAGAGAGGGAGAGAGACAGAGAAAAAGAAAGGAGAGAGUGAAGGAGAGAUUCUUUCAGAUCUCAGCAGACAUUAAGAUUUCCAAUGAGCAAGGAAAACAAUAGCCCUUGGGACCACGUGUGUUCUGUAAACUGAUGCCACGAGGCAGAGAUGAGAAAGAUGACUGAGCAGAGCGGUUGCUAUAGGCCUGUAAACAUACAGGGAAAUAAGAUCAGUUACCAAGGCGCUCGUCAAGGGAGCCCUGAAAUGGGGCUGAAAAGAUCCCAGAAGCGGUUUCUCCACAAGGACGGCAGCUGUAACGUGUACUUCAAACACAUCUUCGGGGAGUGGGAGAGCUACGUCGUGGACAUAUUCACCACGCUGGUGGACAUCAAGUGGCGCCACAUGUUUGUGAUAUUCUCGUUGUCGUAUGUUCUUUCCUGGUUGUUCUUCGGACUGGUCUUCUGGCUGAUCGCAAUCCAACACGGAGAUUUAUUCAAUGAUGAAGAAAUAACCCCUUGUGUUGCAAAUGUCCACAGCUUCACGGGAGCGUUCCUGUUCUCCCUUGAAACCCAAACCACCAUCGGUUACGGUUACCGCUGCGUUACGGAAGAGUGCUCCGUGGCCAUCCUGAUGGUCAUCCUGCAGUCGGUGUUAAGCUGCAUUAUCGACACCUUCAUCAUUGGAGCAGCCUUGGCUAAAAUGGCUACGGCUCGAAAAAGAGCCCAAACCAUUCGUUUUAGCUACUACGCUGUGGUAGGCUUGAGGGAUGACAAGUUUUGCCUGAUGUGGCGCAUUGGGGAUUUCCGGCCAAACCACAUGGUUGAGGGCUCUGUACGAGCUCAGCUUCUGCGCUACAAGGAGGACAAGGAGGGGAGGAUGACGAUGGAAUAUAAGGACUUGAAGCUGCUAAAUGACCAGAUCAUACUUGUGACGCCGGUGACAGUCGUACAUGAAAUCGACAGCGAGAGCCCCUUGUACGGCCUGGACCGCAAAGCUCUGGCCAAGGACAACUUUGAAAUCUUGGUCACCUUUGUCUACACGGGUGAUUCAACGGGAACUUCCCAUCAGUCAAGAAGCUCCUAUGUCCCCAGAGAGAUUCUUUGGGGCCACAGAUUCAAUGAUGUCUUACACGUGAAGAAAAAAUACUACAAGGUGGAUUGCUUACAGUUUGAAGAAACCACGGAAGUCUAUGCUCCUCACUGCAGUGCCAUGCAGCUGGAUCGGAAGGAGCAGGAGUGGAACCGGAGCGAGAAGACACGGAAGAAAGAAGCAGAGACACCAGCACUGGAGAUCAAGUCAUUUAAUACUAACCAAAAGUCCUUUAGUGCAGUUGCCCUCGUCACUAGUUGUGAAGAUCCAGAAGACCCGGUGCCAGCUGCAAAUCAACCUUCUGAAGAAGUUUCUUAUCAGAAAGCAGCUGUGACCUUAAGCAGGCUAUCGAUAGAGUCCCAGAUCUAGCCUGGUGCUGCAAUUAAAUUCACUUCCAGCAGAUUCUUCCAUUGUAGCUUUUAGAAGAUAAACAAUGAACUCAUAUGCAGAAGUAUUUAUAUUAUAAACCUUGCUGACAGCGUGUAAUGCAUUGCUGAGCUGCUCGAAGGAGCUUGGUCCUGCUUAGCCCGGGUAUCACUAGAGGAUUAGCGUUGGCACAAGGCAACAGCUUACAUUGGGGUUGACGAGGCAGCUACUGGGCUUGAGCAAACGUAUUGUAAACUUUAUUACCCUGCAGGGACCAAUGUUGGACAUACCCAGAGACAGAUAAUGAUCUAGGCAGGGAACAAAAACAAUGUAGUGUGCCCUCUAGGUCAGAUUUUUCAAAGCUGCCUAAUUUAUUUAGAAAGCUGGUUCCCAGUCUCUCUAGGAGGCUCUGAAGCUCCCCCACCACCACAACAAACCAUUCCUUAUUUCAUUGCACCCCGUGGGCAGUUCCCAACCUGGGGUCACACUGGUGAGUCUCUGGGGUGUUCUUUGUAGGAGGGAGGAAAGAAUAACUGAACCCAGUAUUACUGGGCAGCUUUGGAAACCUGCUCAUGCCCUGCCUCAUCCUGUGGGAUCCACGGUGGGAUCCUGGAGAGCUUUUCUCAUUUCCUAGUCAUGAGCCAUUCCCACAACUCCCAGUCCCUCCACAGCUCAAGCUGGCCUGGGGUUGCAGGGAGAUCUUCUUCCAUGGCUCUCGUGGCUAGGAGAAGGGCUUGCCAAACGGGCUCGUUUGCACUGGUCAGGAAUCAAAACACAAUCUCGAGUAGGAAACCAAAAUCAGCAAAAUCAGGUUGAGCUUCAGAAAGAAGAUGAUGUUUUUAGAGUGAGCUGUGCAAUAUUUUACAUCAAACUGUCUUUAAUUUCAGUGUCAGCCUUGCUUUUCUUUUUAGUAUAUUGUACUUCUUUAAAAAGAUGAAGAUCAAUCUGGAGACCCGUGUGAUUUUGUCAAAAUGAAAUAUUUUUAUUCAUCUGAAAUGACUGUAAAAAUGAUCCUUCACAGAGAGAUUCAACAUACUCAGCUGUCAGCUCAAUUUGGAAAAAAGGGAAAUGUGAGUAUUUUGAAUAUGUCUGUGACAUGAACGGCCAUGCUCUGCACAUCCCUGUAAUUAAUUAUUCAAUAACCAAUAUCUCAUCAUGCUUGUUUCUUUCUCUGAUGAUUACACUUAAUUUGCAUUGUGUUUGAUUAUCACACUGGCAUAAAAAUAGUUAUCUCUGAAUUUGUGGUUGCCUAAAAUGGGAUUUCUCUCACCUGAUCUCAGCCAUCAGGAAAUUGUUUGCCUCCUGGUCAAGGCUCUCUGUGGUUACUGGAGCUCUUCUCCUCAUCCCAUCUCGCUCUGGCCUUUGAGGGAGCUGAAGGCAAUAGGAUGUGUUUCUCCUGGAAAAGUUCAUCCCUCUCCAUUUGGCGUUGAAGGAGAUGAGAUGAGGUGACUGGGGUGGAAAUGCUGGCUAACUUUAGGCUGCUAAAAUUAGUCCUGACGAGUCAUUCACAUCAUCCUGACGAAUUAAAAGUUUUUAUGAGCUCAUCACAUUUAAUGAAGAAGAAUAGCAUGCUGAAUCCUUUUUCCUGAAAUUUACUCCGUAUAGUAGUGUUGCUGCAUUAUUUUAAUGUAUCUUGCAUUUCUCUUUUGGUAGCCCUUGGCUUUGGAGAGAUGGGAUCCCUUUAGGUAAAACCAAGCAUAUUAACAAGCCUGGAGGGAGGUGGUUAUUCUGAAGCUUAUUAAUUAGCCUAUUUUAUAUGCUGAAUCAUCAUCAGCAUCCAUCUAUAACUGCAGUAGAAAACAACUUAUUGCGUCCUGGAUUUCAGCACGGGCAGGCAUUGGGGAAAUAGCCUUAAAAAAUGGAAAGGAAUGUAGGAAAAUGUAUAAGGGUCUCAGGACUUAUUUGGUGUUGGAAAACACCAUCAGGAUUGUAUAAAAUAGAAUAUAACCUUCAAGAUGUGAAGUAAUCCUUCCCCACUCCUCUGUCUCUGAAAGGUCUUGGCUGGGUUACAUUGUUUGAUGUUGGGCACUGCACUUUGGGGGGGACAUGGAACAAUUCAGAGAGAAUCUGGAGAUCUAGAAAACGUGUCAGUGAGGAAGCAGGGAAAUAACUUCAGGUGUUUCAGUCCAGAAAGGGGUUAGGAAACAAAGAAAGAGCUCUCAAAAACUGCAG